AUGCAGCUGGCAGCCAGAGAAAAUACAGCAGAUUUAUUGCCCAGCCGGGAAGUGUCUGAGAAAAGACAGAAUAUAGAAGAAAGCAAUGAAAAUUUGUCUGUGUCAUUGAAUGCAGAGCUAUUGAAAAAGGGGCACGUGGCAGUUGGGAUGCCAAGACGGUGCAGAACACUCUCUUUUAUGCAUGCAGGGUGUGUGUACUUUGCUGUAGGGCGGGCUGUGGUCCGGGUGGAAAAUGCUUUGAAUGCAGAGAGUGUGCCCAAGUCCACCGAGAUGAUCACAACUGCAGAAAGCAGCAUAUCUGCGCUAUCCAUAGAAAACGAAGUCAUUUCAAUUGGAACACUUUCUGGAGAGAUUAUUUUGAUGACAACAGAUGGCCAGGUUAUUUACAAGCAGAAAGUGGAUGGCAUGGUGCACCACAUUCAUAUCGCGCAGGAUUAUAUAUAUAUCUCUAUUUUGUAUGCUCUCAUAAAAGUUAAAUACAAGAACCAGACAGACCUGGCAGAGGGGCAGAUACAGAAAGCAUCACUGGACAGAUACGACACAGUUGCCAGAAUGAAUGACAUUAUCAUGCAUGUCUCAGCUAUACAACAGAGCCAUGGAGAAGUAUUGAUGUAUGCAAAUAGCAACACACUUUUUGUGAACAAAGCAAGUGUAACAUACUCUGCAAAUGUGGUGUUUGCUAAGUCUCUGCGUCUCUCUGAUAGUUGCACGCGAAUUAUCACAGGGCUAACAAAUAGAAAGGUGUAUAUAUAUGAAUAUAAGGAAGACAAACUGACUUUAUUGCAGAUUAUAUACGCACAGGGCCUUAUUUACGACGGAAUUAUAGUUAACUCGCAUGUAAUUGUGCUAUCCCUAAGCAACUCCAUUAAUAUUUACAACUGCAGAAAGACAGCAGAGUGUGUUGGAAUGAUUGGCCCAUACGAUGAAGAAAUAAUUAAAGUAUAUGCGAAUAGACAAAAAAUUACCGAAGCACUGGAUGGAUUGGAUGAGUCUACUGAGGAGAUUGCACACAUCAUAAUGAGCCAUCUAUAUAUAGCACUCAACACAGGCGGUAUGUUUAAAUAUGCAACAGACACACCAGCUAUUACAAACAAAAUAGACGAAAAGGAAUCCUUUAAUAGUGAAAACGAUCAAAGAAUACACCAAGAGUCUAAUAGAGAUUUGGAAAAGAAGCAGAAUAAUCUCCUUGGAGUAUCCCCACUCUGCAACACACCUGGAAAUAUCAUCUCUGGCUGCCUUGAAAAAAUAACACAUCUUUCAAUUGUGCAUGACUGCAUAAUUGCAGCAAGCGGCCCAGUUGUUAGAAUAUUCUGUGUGGAGAAUGAGUCUAUACGGGAAAUAUUUAGGCCUGUUGUUGAUGGGUUUCCAAUAAAUUCUGUUAUUGCAGGAUGGCAACCAGAAGAUGCAUCAGCUGCAGCACAGGAUUUUACGCUAAUUACAAACAGCAAUAAUAUUCUGAAAGUAUUUAAGCCCACAAGGCUCUUUAACCUUGUGAGUGCGCACACCAAGCUGAAAGAGAUUUCCCAAAGACUUGCAGAACACCAGGCAUCCCAUCUGAGCGCUGAAGGAGCACAAUUAGAUGGAGUUGAAUGUCUUUCAGACAAAGCUCUUUCUUUGCAAAGUCACAUUAAAAACCAAGAAGAAGCAGGGGCAUCCGCAAAUACGCCAUACACAGCCACAAAGCAAGAACUUUCUUUGACCACACUUGCCUUCGCACAUCCUUCUUCAUCUGAAAGAGAGUACAUUGAGGCAUCGAUUGGAACCGAUCCUGGCCUUGCUGCAAACCACUUUAUAGAAGUAGACAAGAUAUUCGGGUUCCCAUUUGAAAUUUCCACAUUCAUAAAACACUCUGACUCUAUGGUAGUUCUCGCAUGUAAGUCUUCACAGAAAGCAUUUGCAAACCUCUUUGUUCUGAACUCCCGCCUGGAGACAGUGCAGAAGAUAUUUUCGCACACAAAAACCAUUACACACAUUCUGUCCUCGCAUGAUAAGGUGUUUUCCAUUGGUAAAGACCGUCAGCUGUGCACGUACAGAGUGUCCCUGGGAAGAAGUACUUUGCCACAGGAUGAACUUACGCCUGCCUUCCAGGAGAGUGACCUGGGGCUUGAGCUCUACAGCAGAAGAACAGACCACAAAAAAGAAGUCCUGGCAGCGAGCGUGUGCGGCACAGAACUACUCACAUCCUCAAGAGACAAAACACUCAACACAUACGAUAUACAAGAUAACGAUACCGUUUUGGUUAAAACACAGACAUUUGAUGAGCCAGUGUCUGCAAUCUGCAUAUUUACGUUGGAUGGCUGCAAAUAUACCGUACUAGGAAAUACUACAGGAUAUUUAACGAUAAAUGAAAAGACGCAAAAACUGCAUAAUUCACCUAUCACACAUAUACAUCAAUAUCACCAUCAUAUCAUUACAGCCACAGAAGAAGGCCUCCUUAGAAUAACCCAGAUCACAGACCUGCUGUAA